CAGGGUUGCUGUUUCUCUCAACCUGCCGGGCCCAACGCGCCUUAUCCCGGCGGCGCCCCUGGUGGAUCCUCCCGCGCCAUCAACUCACCUCGACUACAACCUGCACCGGCCGAACAGGGCAGCUCGAGGCAGCCCGAUGUCGCUCAAACCACACGACCCCCCGCCCAGACAUCCUCCUCCGAUUCAUCCAGGCGCCGCAGGGAGCAGCGGCCCCUCGAUCAGCACAUAGACAAGCCGCUGAGGUGGCACGUCUGGCAGUCCAAAAACAGGACAUGGACAAGAGCCCAGCUCGACAAAGAGAGGGAAGACUUCUUCGACACACGAGUCACCGGGAGGGCCGAGGUAUGGCAGAUUGUACACGCUGCCCUCCGGGAACUAUGGGAAGCCGAUCUGGCCAGGACAGCAAAGAGCCCCGAUCCGACCGCUCGAGAGCAAGCCUCCGAUGACGAUCCCGCCCUGGGUACUGCUCAGGGAAUGCUCAGGGCUGCCGAGGUCACCCUGCCGACCGGUGACUUGGCCAACGGCGUCUAUGACUCUCUCGGCCAGUAUUAUGCGUUGCCAGAGUGGAUCGUCAUAGAUCCCAUCAACAUUACGCUCACUGGCAGUCCGGAGCCCGAGCUAGAUCGCAAGGUCGAGAAAGCCAGCGGCGAGGAAUCUACCGAAGAUAUCGAUGAAGCCGAGGCAGCGCGUCGGCGAGAGGAAAAGGGCAAGGCCGUCGCCGAACCGAAAUCCGUCACCAUGGUACGGAUACGAAUCAGUGAGACUGCCCGCGAUAUCCUCGUCCGUGUCUCCCCCGAGGAGAGUGUACGGGGCGUCGCGCAAAGGGCUCUGCAGCAGUCAGGUCUAGAUCCUAGUUCCAGGCGAAUUCGUCUCGUCUAUCUCGGAAAGACGCUGAAGGAGGAUGCCUCUCUUGCGGCACAAGGUCAUCACAAAGACCAUGUUAUCAAUGCCUUCAUCAACACGAUCAGAUAG